CGCACACACGCAGACAUACACACUCGCCUCUCUCUCUCUCUCUCGCACACGCACACAAUUAUACUCAUGGUGUGGUUGGUACUGUUGUUGACUCCGGCUCUCUGGGUACGCAUUGCCCAUUUCCAAAUAUAAACAUUGACCGCGCCGCUCUUCAAGGAGGCAACUUUCAGGAGCUCGCAAACUGCACUGGGGUGAGAAAGCGCCCAAAGACUAGCCUAAGCUACUUCGAAAACUUUGACAGCCAACAGUACACAGCAGAGGAACAGCGAGAGGGAAGACGGAGUGACGGGCGGACAGCUACUUUGAGGAUGGAGGAGGAAUGCACAGUCAAGCCAUCGGUGGCAGAGCUGGCUGGGCGGUUCAAGGGUCACCCUCUGCCAAUGCCUACAGCGAAUGACGAGAAACGGCCUAUCAGGAAAAUGCCCCCGUGCUCCUUGAACUUCCAUAAGAAAGAUGGUGACGGCGAACCAGAGAGACCUGCGAUUCUCUCACCCACCCCAAAGGGAAAGUUGAAGAUCUCCCCCCUGUUUGAGAAAAUCCAGGCGAACCUGGCCCUGUCCCCCACUGCCUUGAGUCCAGAUGUGAAGCUCCAGGCCACACCAUUCACCCCCGCCGGUCCCACGUCCCCGUGCAGCCCCCUGCCCCUUAGCCCCACGCUGCGGCUGCCGCCGCCACCGCAGCGGCACGCCAGCGAGGAAGAGGUGCCCAUCAGCUUCGAGCAGCCAGCCGAGGGCACGCCCCUGCCCAGCAUCAACAAGUGUCGGGCCCGUCUCUCCUUCAAGCGACGGCCACCCACCCGCCAGCACCGCAAGUCGGCCAGCGAGGACUUCUCCCCCACCGGCGAGCCCAAUGGAGACGACGCCGACGUGUUCGACACGCCCGCCGAGGGCCGCUCCUCCCCACAACCCUCCAUCGUGAAGGAAACCUCGGAGGAAGAUGGCGAAGGAGGAAAGGAUUCUGCCGAGGCCCAGGAGAAGGCCGCGUCUGGUGGGCAGGACACUGACAAGAAGGCCCCUGUGGAGACAGGUGUGGAGGUGCAGGCUGAGGAGCAGCAGCAGCAGCAGGAGCUGGACCCUGAGGAGGUGGUGAUGGAGGAGAGCCCCCAGGUGGAGGAGGGAGCAGCUCGGACGAUAGAGGAGGGGUCGUCUCCCGAGGGAGGGGACGGCAGUGGAAAGAACUAGAACCAAAAACACUGGAGACUGAGGCAGACACAUGCAAGCCAAAAAACUCGCCAUGCAUCAAGUAUGAAGCAAAAGAAAAAUGAAGAAAAACAAAUGCCAUGACAAUCUUGUGUCAAUAACUGAGGGGGGAUGCGUCACCACAAACACAAAUGGAAGAAGACAUGAGUUGGUCUCGGUCAGACCGGAAAGACUGAUGGUUGUUUUCUUUGUUCUUGUUCUGUUUACCCCUUUGUGUUGGACUGCCACCUUGUGUUCUUGUACUGCCCUUUAGAUAUUGCUAGGGAGGUGAGCGGAUGCCUCUGGUGUACACACCUGUGGCCACUGGGAGCGUUGUUCCCUUCAUGCAGGUCUGGCGCCUGAGAGAGAAAAUCUGGGCAACUCAGUCAAAAUUAAUAUUCUGAGCAAAACCAUUCUACGUGUAUCUCUUUAUCAGUGAAUUUGUUUGAUAAUAAUAAGGACCACCAGUCUUGUUUUUGCAAAAUGGCUUAAUUUACAUUUUUAAAUGCCUUUUUUUGAAAUGGGGGGGGGGGGGGGGGGGUAAGGUGUAAGAUGAGGGGGUAUUUGGUAUCUACCUGUUACAAAGAGGGUUUGUAUGGAAACUUAAUAUAUCAUUGACAGAAAGUGUAUAUGGGCUUCUGGUUGUCUGUGACUUGAAUGGAAAAUAUGUUACAAGAAAGUACUAUGGAACCGUGUAGGGGACGUGGGCAAAAAAUUGUACGCAUUAUACUGUGUGAAUGAAAUAGGACCUUAUCAUAGGACCCAUGUCUCCAUGUCCCAGUAUCUGUGCCCAUGAAAUAGGACUUUGUGCACAUGGUUUCUUUAAUCUAUGCCCACCAAAUUAGGAUUCAUACAAUGUUUCUUUUACAAUUAGUUAUUUCUUCCCAUCCCAGUACAGGAUGGCAGACCACUGGCCACUGGACAUGGAUUGCAUCAUUAUGAUUAGGCUGCUUUUUUUUUUACUGGAUGCUUACGAGGAUCUGAUUGUUGAAAAUGAAGGGUGGAAAACAAAUUGUGCACACAAAUGAAAGAAAUCAUGCACACGAAUCCCUAUUUCUUCCUAUCCCUAUGUCCCUCGGCAGGAUUCCUUAAAAUAAUGUCCACUGUGGACGAUGUUUUCUUUACACUGUUUGCAGCUACUUUCGGGGGAAAGGGGCUUUCCCUGUGAUUUAAGGACAUCAAAGCAUUUUCAACUGCUACUGUAGAUUACUCUAUGACCUUGUAUUGUAAAUAUCUAAUCAAAUAAAGAGCUUGAUUUAUAUUUUA